AUGUCUUUGGUUUCAGCAAUUCCUGAGAAGAAUGCUAAACGUAAGCAAGAAGUUACUCCAACUUCGAGUCGCACGAGCACUCUCACUUCUACCAGUUCCAAGACAUGUAGGAGACCAGGUUCCGUUUAUCAGACAUCAGGAGAACCAUUGAGUAAAGAAGCACUGUAUCGUGCAAAGAUGAAAUAUGGUAUGUACCAAUCACCUGCAAAAAACUAUCCCCUAGGCGUUUCAGACGUUAGAGUUGCAAGUGAUGCUGCUGCAACUAGAGCGAAUAGUGUGGAUUUAACUGUUGAGGAAUUCAAAAGAUAUUUAGACCCUGAUGCAACAAGAGCUGCUAGCAGUGUCAGUAGGAAAAACAAAGAAAAUGUUAUUCCAGAUGAAGCUCCAAAAGUAGCUGGUAGGAGGAUGAGAGCAAAUUCAGCAGCUUCAAAAGCCUAUUCGUUAGCAUCUACUAAUUCGGGUACAUCUUCUAUCAUAGGUGGUAAGACACCAAAACAGAAGAAUAAAGAACUUGAGAAACUGCACGAUAACAGCAGCGCUCAUAUUAAACCAAACAUGUCAAAAAUUAUCAACGGUGCAGAGAAGAAAGCUGGUACCAGAGUUCAGCAACGUUGGCAACCUGAACGUAAAAACUAUAGCUACGGGUUGAAGACUGACGCGGCUGAAAACAAUCAAUUCAAUUUCACGAGUAAUGUUAUGGGUAACAUUAUGGCUAAAACCGAAACAGAAGCAAGAAGGAAAAAUGUUGACAGAGAAAGACAAGAAAUUCAAGAGAAAGCUAAAAAGGAUGCCGCAUUUGCUCUCGGCGCAGCCUUUGCUGUCAAAGAUAUGGAUCCUACAACCAUCGUAGAUGAGGAACUAUUGACGAAAGAACAAGAAAAAAAGAUCUAUUUGAAGCAAUUGACUUCACAGCAAGUUCUUGCUAGGGCAAGGGCAAAUGUAGAUAAGGAAAUUCAAGCGCUCGAAGAACAAAACUACGAGCAAAGAUUAUUUGGUAAUGAGGAAUACAACAGAGCUGCUGUUGCUGUUGCAAAGGCAAAUUAUACCAAUAACAAGAGUCAAUAUAGUAAUAUGAUUAAUUUAGGGGGUGGAUUAUGGUUGAAACCAGAGGAAAUAGAAAAAAUAUCCCAUGAUAUGUUGAAUCCAGUUCUUAAUGAAAUUAAUAAAAAAGCUGAUGAUCAACGUGCUGCUGACAUUGAAAUUGCUGAAAAAACUAAGUUCUAUUCUCAGGAUCUAUCCAAUUGGAACAGAUUGAAUAGCGAAAAAGUGAAGAACGAUGAACAGUAUACUGUUGAUGCAAAGAAGAAUUUCCAAACACAGAAAGCUAAAGCUGUAGAGGAAGCCACUGAAAAGUAUGAUGCCAUGAUCAAAGCUAUGGAAAAGCAGGUUGCGGAUGAAAACAAAGAAUUGGAGAAGGCCAAGCAGGCCUACGAAGACCUAAAGGAAGAAACGCGUAUGAAAUUAGCAUUAGAACAAGAACGUGCUGAUAAAGAACUUGAAAAUUGGGGCAAAUAUCGUGAAAAUGAUUUGAAGGAUGCACUUAAAGAGCAAGAAAUCUUGUUACAACCAUAUGUUGAUGACUUGAAGAGCGCUGAAAAAGAAGAAAAGCGUUUAAUUGGUGAAUAUGACGGUAUUAACGAAGAAAUUGUGAGACUCAGAACUGGUAUUGAAAGUCAUAAAAAGAAGAUUGCGAACUAUGAGAGCGAUCUUGCAGGCCAAGAGAACAGAGAGGAGCGUGAAAAUAUAUUACAAGAUGAAUUAGAAAAGAACAAGGCCGAUUUAGAGCUGGAAUUGAAUGAUAAUAUUAUUGUUCUUGCUAAUAAAGCUAAAGAGGAAGCUGCUCUGGCUGCGAAAGAAGCUCGCUUAAAACAAUUGGAGGUUGAAGCAGUAUUGAAUAAGCGUAAAACUGACUUAAAUAAAACGGAAAUUGAAUUACAAAAGGAAAAGCUCAAUCUUUUAGACGUUAUGAAAGAGGUUGCUGAGCUGAGUGGAGAUAAUAAAUUAGAUGAAGAAAGAGUUAAAAAUCUGAUUGGUGAGACCCCUGAUGAUUUCAUUGCCAAGGUGAACAGUAAAGAGAGAGAAUUCACCCAAUCCGCUAUUUCCAUUGAUGAUGGUACUUCGUCAACAAAAGAAGGGGCUUCUGUGCCGGAUCAGGAGGUGCCAGCUGACAAAAUUACUGAAGACCCCAGUGCUACAGUUAAUUCCAACCUUCAAAAGAGCGCAGCAGAGGGAAAAAGGGAAAAAGAAGUCUCAUUAAGUGAACCUGUAGUGACUUCUGGCCAUGUAGAAAAAGUUGAUCAACUCACAGUACCAGGACAGAAGGAUAACGAAAAGAACGAAUCAGGCAGUGAAAACGAACUGAAUCCAACAUUUAGCGGCUUUUCACAGGGUUCUAUCCGUAAUGAUAAUGAUGAGGAAGACGAUAUAACGAACACAGUUGAGGAUGCUGAUGAUGCUAAUAAGAAUCAAGGUUACUUCAAGGAAGUAUUUUGA